UUCACCCAGAUGAAGAUGAUUAACCCGUAUCAGCCCAGAUUAUUGGUAUUCUAUUAUCGAUAUAUUGAUAAUUCACUGUGAAAUGUAAAAGAAAAAAAGAGGAUGGAAAAUAUUUUGGCUUAAUCUCUUUAUGUUCACUGAAAGUCAGUCUCAAAAGACCAUUAUCCAGACGGCUACAGGGAUCUGUGUAUGAUCAAGAUAACAGCAGGUCUUUAUGUUCUGUUAUUACAUAACAGCUUUAUUUUCCAGGUAGUUAGAGACUGAAGAAAACGGCUUGUUUCUCUCAGGUGAGACCCACCCAGAGCAGAGAGAUCAUCCUGCAUCCAGGGUUCACUGUAUUAGCAUGUGAGCGAUUGCCCGGCUGUGAAUGAGUCAUGGAGGGAGCCAGCGUCAUUUUCGUCACCAUUUUCGUCACUGUUCAGAAGAUCUAUUACCCGUUACUUUGCAUCGUGGGUAUUCCAGCCAAUCUCUUCACAUUCUACAUGAUCUGCUUCCGUAAGUGUGGGAUGUCCAACACGGCCAUCGUUUACCUGAGCUGUCUGGCCAUCGUGGACACCUUCUACCUGGUGUGGGUGAUCCUCAUCGACCUGACCCUCACCUUCUGGCUGCUGCAGCCCUUCUGGCACUCCCACCCCUGGUGUGGCAUCCUGGGGUUCCUGCAGUAUGGGUCGCUGUAUAGCUCCUCCUGGAUCGUGGUGGUGUUUACCAUCGAGCGUUACCUCGUUCUCCGCAGCACGGCGGCCAGGCAGAACUUCUCCCAGGCCCGGGUCACUAAGCUGACCUGCGUGGCUAUCGUCCUGGUGUCACACCUGGUCUCUGUGCCACUGGGCUGGAUCAAUACUGUCACACAGGUUAACUUGACCGUGGACGGGGAGAACGUGACGCUGCCCAGGUGCCGAUACCGUGAUGAGGCCUACUCUACCGUUAUAGUGUGGAUAACCACCUUCCUCUCAGGGGGAAUCCCCAUCGUGUUGGUCAUCAUCUUUAACUACCUCAUCGGAUAUCAUCUUUGCCGGGCCAGCAACCUCUUCACGGAGGAGGAGCGCCGCGUCAUGCACGGGAGGAGCACCAGGGGCAUGUUGAGGAGGACCAUCCUGCUGCUCGGCACCGUUUCCGUGACCUUCGUCGUUCUCAGCCUGCCGCGCUUCGUCACAUACUGCAUCCUGAGAACAAAGUACAACAACGAGAACUUCAACAGGAACAACUACAGCAUCCCGAUCAACGUGGCCGGAGACUUAGCCAACAUGCUGCAGAACCUUAACUCCACCACCAACUUCCUGCUGUACUGCAUGGUCAGCCAGCGCUUCCGGCGGGAGCUGGUCCAGGUGGUGACUUGUAAGGCGAAGGCACGUGAGCUGGGCUCCGUUCUCACCCACACAACCAUGAAGGUCUUCUCAGUUACGGAUCAUAAGGCGUCGCCAUCCAGCGACCCUGUGACUGUGGUGCUAACCGACCUCAAACAGACAGUAGAACACACAAUGAUCAGACUUUAGCCUGAAAGUUCAAGUUGGAAUGACUUUGAUGGUCCCGAGUUUUUCACCAGCGCCACCAUGAGAUUUGUUGCAACUACUGGACUGCCAUUAAAUUUGGUUUGGGGUGUUUUUGUUCGGCCAUAUGCAAAUGUCACACAUGUACAUACUUGAAUGUCUGUUUAUGAAAUAUGUACAAAUAAAACAAAAACAUAGAUGUAAAAAUUAUAUAUAAAACCUACUAGAAAUUGGAACUACUUCAUAUAUUGACAUAUACAGUAUGUCUUUACCAUACAAAUAUGUUUUCUUUCAUAUAUAUAUAUGUUCAUAUAUUUGAAUUGUCUUGCAUAUAUAAAUUAAACAUAUAUUGUCAACAUAUAUGGUCACAAAAUGUUACUAUAUACUCUAUACCAUAUAAAAAUCCAUCAUAUAGAUAUUUUGACAUGUAUAUAUGUUGAUAUAAGGACAUGUAUGUCAUAUAUUACAUUUCUUUAUGGGCCCACACAGAAUGAAUUGUAAUAUCUUUGGUGUGCCCUUUAGUUAACCUGCUACAUGAGGUCCAACUGUGUAAUGUCAUUCUUUACUUGUCAUAUUAUUGUAAUUCAUUGCUUUAUAUUGUCUUUUCCGCUGGUGAGUUGAAAAAGACACCCGACACCUUUCAAAUCAAAGGAGCUGUUAGACCUGACUGGCUGCAGGACGCCUACCCUGCUGAAGGAACAACCUGAUUGGCAGCUGUAGUGUUAAUGCCCCGCAUCAUUUGCAUAAAUGGGUCACGAGACUUCCAAGUUUUGCAUAAACCAGAAAGGGCCCAGCGGUGGGAAUGCUUCCUGUUUGCCUCAGAACAGGGUUGUUGCCGUGCCGUGCCUGAGGGAUAAGGAGUUCUGAGGAAAGGUAGGUGUGGGAGUACAGUGACGUGUUUUUAAAUUCACUGCAUGUGAAUUAUGUGUAUGUGAGGGGAAAACAUAAUAAAAAAGUACUUUUUUAAAGAGACAUACCUCACAUACCUGUAGAUCAGUGACUUUGACCUUUGUGCUAGUGCAGUGAUCGAGUUGAUAUGUUACACCCAAACGGUUCUAUAAACAUCUGUGUGUUUCACUAAGUGAGGAAGAUCCAAUUUCAUUAUGUGCUAAUACUUUUCUAUCUGCUUUUUACUUUGUAAAAUGUGUAUUUUCAACAGUGAUCAUUUACCUGGUGGCACUGGCUUUGCUGUUGGUUGAAACUGAAGUUGUUUUUGUGCCAGUUGUGCCUUUGUAAAUAUGCUGUACUGUACGUGUCUCUUUAAAGGUGUCGUGCACUAUUAAAUUCCUUUAACACUG